UACGAGAGUCUCGAGAUGUGCUCUUUAGAUGGCCUGCUUGAUUGUUGCAGAAGUCCCAGCAGUGCUGAGGUUCAAGUAAAGGAGCCGAGCGCCAAUCCCACAGAGGAAUUGGCAACCUGGCAAUAUGACGCUCUUCUCGACAUGCGAUCGAAAGUGAGUCUGCGCCCAGAGUGGAGGACAAAGACCUGCUGCGGUUCCUGGUGGCUCGCAAGUGGCAAGUGGGUGCAGCAGCGGAGCAGUUCGAGGCCAUGCAGAAGUGGCGAGAAGCCAACGACGUCGACCGCUACCGCCGCAAAGCACCAGGGCCAAUGGGCCCCAAUGCAGCUGCGGAUGCGGCCCAGGAAGACCCAAAGCUGAGUCGGGGAAAUAUCGAGAUGUUUCCGCAGCUCAGGUUGGUGGAGCAGAUUCCGCACGAAGGCUCUUUGCUCUACUUCGGCCAGACCCUGGCCUUUGGCUUCGACAAGAAAGGCCAGCCGAUCCAAAUCCAGAACGGCGGGCUGGCGGGCUGCCGCUUCGCGGACAUGUCACGUUUUGUGGGUGGCCAAGAGCAGGUCCUGGCCAGCCUAGUGCGCUUCCAGGAGCUCCAGGCGGCUCGCAUGGAAGAGUCCUCCAGAAGGCUAGGGCGGCCCAUCACCAAGCAGGUGGUGAUUACAAAUGCCCUGGGGAUGCCGCUGCGCCCACAGCCAGCAGCCGUCGCCGCGUUCAAAGACUUCCUCCUGGUGAGCUCCCGCUACUACCCGGAGUCGUUGGCCGUCCUUUUCGUGGUCAACGCUCCGCCCGUGUUUGUAAUGCUGUAUCGGGUGAUCCAGACGUGGUUGGACCCAGUCACGGCCUCCAAGAUCCAAGUGCUGGGCAAAGACUUCCAAUCCACUCUUCUGGAACACAUCGAUGCGGACCAGCUGCCCCGCAACUACGGGGGCUCAGUGGACUUUGACAUCCUUGGGACCACCUGGAGCCGGGAGGAGUGCGAGCGCUGUUUUUCGGCCUGUCGGCGUGCUUUGAACCACAACGACUGCGUGGAUCCAGCGCCUACAAUUGCUGAGCCGGGCAGCCGGCGGUAUUGGAUGCUCGCCAUAUUGUUUACAGCCUCCUACUUCAUCAUGCAGAAUGUGGGAUUGUGAGUGCUGCUUGACCCGGAGCACUGCACAGACAGGUUUUGCAAAGGGCAGAAACCAGACUUCGCCGCAUAACAUGUCGGCAACCACGUUAGAAGCUACUGAAUAGUUUGCCGCGGGUCAAGACACUCUUGUGUUGGAGAGGGGCGUAGCAGAAGUGAGGCAAUCUAAUUGUUUUUGUGUCGGCAUCCGCUUCGGCUUAGCCUUGCGGAGCCUUCCUGUUUCGAUAUGUGCAGAAUCGUUGUCCUGCAUGGGUCAGACACUUGAGAUGGA